AUGGGUCAAACCCUUUCGGAGCCGGUGGUCGACAAGCACUCAUCCAAGGGCGAAGAUGACCGCCUCCUCUAUGGCGUCUCCUCCAUGCAAGGAUGGCGCAUCAGCAUGGAAGACGCCGAUACCACCGUUCUCGACCUGAUGCCCACUCCUACCGCCCAAGAGUCCGAAGUCCACAAGAACGCGCGACUGUCAUUCUUCGGUGUAUACGACGGACACGGCGGCGAAAAAGUAGCGACCUACUGCGGUGCCAACAUGCACAGCAUCAUCACUAGACAAGAGUCCUUUAAAAAGGGCGACUACAUCCAGGGUCUCAAGGACGGGUUCCUCGCAGCUGAUAGAGCCAUGCUUGGUGACCCCAAAUUUGAGGAUGAAGUUUCCGGCUGCACCGCUUGCGUCAGCUUGAUUGUUGGCAACAAAAUCUUUGUGGCCAAUGCUGGUGACUCCCGAGGUGUUCUGGGCAUCAAGGGCCGCGCUAAGCCCAUGUCCGAAGAUCACAAGCCCCAACUUGAGGCCGAGAAGAACCGCAUCACUGCUGCCGGUGGUUUCGUUGACUUUGGCCGUGUCAAUGGCAACUUGGCCUUGUCCCGCGCCAUCGGUGAUUUCGAGUUCAAGAAGGUUGCUGAGCUGCCCCCUGAGUCACAGAUUGUCACUGCCUUCCCUGAUGUUGAGCAGCACGAUUUGACCGACGAGGAUGAGUUCCUUGUUCUUGCUUGCGACGGUAUCUGGGACUGCCAAUCGUCUCAGGCUGUUGUUGAGUUUGUGCGUCGCGGCAUUGCUGCUAAGCAGGACCUCGAGAAGAUUUGCGAAAACAUGAUGGACAACUGUCUGGCUUCCAACUCCGAGACUGGCGGUGUCGGUUGCGACAACAUGACCAUGAUCAUUAUUGCGUUCCUCAACGGCAAGACCAGGGAGCAAUGGUACGACGAGAUCGCCAAGCGUGUUGCCAACGGCGACGGUCCUUGCGCUCCUCCCGAAUACGCCGAGUUCCGUGGCCCCGGCGUACACCACAACUACGAGGACAGCGACAGCGGAUAUGAAAUGGAUGCCGAUGGCAAGAACAAGGGCUUUGGUGUUGAUGAUACCGAAAUGUUCGAUAACGCCGACGAAGACAAGGACCUCGAGAGCCAAGUCUCGAAAUCCACGACGACCGAAAAGGACGCCAAGGCAGAGCCCUCUGCCCCCGAAUCAAAGUCCAACGAGUCCGCCGAAUCCAAGCCCGCUCCCGCUUCCGACAGCCAAGAAAAGAAAGAUACGCCUGCCUCGGAAGAGACCAAGAAGGACUAG